CUCUAGUAAAACUCACACCGCGAGAAAACAAGAAGCCGUAGCAGCUAAGCAAAAAAAAGAGGACACCGCACCGCUUUGCUCAAGGUCUCGGGGAUCGCUUGCUCGGCCGCCAUGGCUGAACCCGCUGCGGAGGCGUCCCCGCCGGCGGACGGCGUCACGGAGGCGGAGGCGGCGGCGGCGAGGCCAAGGGGGUUUAGGCUUCUUGGGGAGGACAAGUCCGUGCAUCAGGCUCUCGGCGGUGGUAAAGCUGCUGAUGUACUGCUGUGGAAAGACAAGAAGACCUCUGCUGCAGUGAUAGGUGGUGCAACUGUGUUGUGGGUUCUGUUCGAAGUUGUUGAUUACCAUUUCCUGACUCUGAUAUCUCAUGUGCUGAUUGGUGUGCUGGCCAUCUUGUUCCUAUGGUCCAAGGCAACCAUCUUCAUCAAGAAGAGUCCCCCUGAUAUUCCAGAAGUAAAGAUAUCUGAAGAUCUUGCUGUGAAUGUUGUGCUAGCACUGCGCACCGACAUCAACCAAGCACUUCACUUGCUUCGGGAGAUAGCUCUGGGGCAUGACCUGAUGAAGUUUUUAGGCGUGAUCGUUGGUCUCUGGAUUCUUUCUGAAAUUGGAAGCCUCUGUGAUUUCCUGACCCUGUUUUACGUCGCUGUGUUGAUGCUCCACACGGUGCCGAUCUUGUAUCACAAGUAUCAGGACAAGGUGGACCAUUUUGCUGGGAAGGCGCAUGUGGAGCUUAGCAGGCAGUACUCUGUUCUCGACGAGAAGGUUCUCAGCAAGAUCCCUAGGGGUCCAGCAAAAGAUAAGAAGCAGAACUAGAAAUGGAACCGGUAUCACCCUGGAACUUGACUUGGGGAGUGUUGCCAUGGAAUCUCUCAUCAGAUAUUGCUUUUGCAUCUUGAGUUCUUGACCUGGUUUGGUUUCUUGUCGAUACUUGGUACAUAUAUGACCUGUCUGUAGAUAUGUGUGUUGGGAGUGCCUGUGCAGUAAACUGUCGAUCUGUGUGGUUGAUUGGUGACUUGGUGUGCUGCAACUGUGUAAUAUUAAUAUAUACAAGAUCUUGCUGUAACCACAUACCGAUAAUUAAUAUCGUGCUCGAGUAAGUGAUGUGGCUCUUUCUUGUUUCGCUC